AACGCCAUGUAACGCAUUGUAACUAAUCCAAGUUCGUUCGCCGGUUGUCAGCUCAGAAGAAAAAUCCAAAAAAUCGAUUCAGUCGCGGCUCCAGCAGUUCCAAAGAUUUCUGUCUGGGAAAAAAGAAGUGAAAAUGUCCCGUGUUUUGUGCUGGCUCGUAGCCGGGCUCGCCGUAUUUGCAUUGGCCACCGUUCCGGCCCGCGCAGAAGCUGGUGAAACUCUGGUUCUGCUUGAUAAUUUGGCCAUCCGCGAGACGCACUCCAUUUUCUUCAAAAGUUUGCAAGAACGCGGCUACAAACUUACCUUCAAGCUGGCGGAUGAUGCCAGCCUGGUUCUCUCCAAGUACGGCGAAUUCUUGUACAAGCACCUUAUUUUGUUCGCCCCCUCGGUGGAGGAAUUUGGCGGAUCGUUGAGCGUCGAAGCCAUUACGGAUUUCGUUGAUAACGGUGGCAAUGUGCUGGUUGCUGGAAGUUCCAGCUCUGGUGAUGCCCUGCGGGAAUUGGCGUCCGAGUGCGGUUUCGAGGUGGACGAGGAAAAUGCGGCGGUCAUCGAUCACUUGAACUACGACAUUUCCGACGGAGGCGAUCAUACGCUGGUGGUGGCUUCGCCGGAGAAUCUAAUCGAUUCGGAAAUCGUCGUUGGAAAGAAAUCCGUGGGACCCCUGUUGUACCGAGGAACCGGUCUGCUGGCCGAUAAGGAAAACCCACUGGUAUUGCAGCUGUUGACUGCGGACAGCACCGCUUACAGUUACAUUCCGGAUGCCCCGAUCAAGGAGUACCCUCAUGCCGUUGGAAAGGGCACGCUUCUGAUCGCAGCCCUCCAGGCCAGAAAUAACGCCCGGGUUGUGUUCUCUGGAUCUCUGUAUUUCUUCUCCGACGAAGCGUUCCUCUCUUCAGUGCAGCGCGCCCAGGAUGGAAAAUUGCACAACAAAUCCGGAAACCAGGAUGUGGCCACUUCCAUCAGCAAGUGGGUUUUCGGAGAAAACGGAGUGAUCCGCGUCCGAUCGGUCAAGCACUUCAAGGAAGGCGAAAACCAGCCUCCGGCCGCUUACACCAUCACCGAGCCGGUCGUUUACACCAUUGAAAUUGAGACCCUCGCGGCCGAUGGCCGCUGGCAGCCGUUCCAAGCGAACGACGUCCAGCUGGAAUUCGUCCGGAUCGAUCCGUUCGUGCGAACCACCCUGAAACACAUCGGCGGCGGUCGCUACCAGGCCAAAUUCAAAAUCCCGGAUGUUUACGGCGUGUACCAGUUCAAGGUCGAUUACGAUCGGAUUGGAUAUACUCAUCUGUACUCGACAACGCAGGUCUCGGUUCGACCCCUUACGCACACUCAGUACGAGCGAUUCAUUCCCAGUGCCUAUCCGUACUACGUGAGCGCCUUCUCGAUGAUGGUCGGAAUGUUCCUGUUCUCAAUCAUUUUCCUGCACUACAAGGAUGAUGGCGCAAGCGGCAAAGUGGCCGCUGAGAAGAAGUCUCAGUAGAGAGUGGCGGAGGUACGUAUGAUGGGCACCAUGUAGCCCACUUUACAGUCACAUUUCCUAAUGUAGUAGAUUCGCUAAGUGAACGACUCGUAAUCGAAUCAGAUCAUGCUGAAUGAUUCAAUGCUGAAAGACAUAAUAAAACUCGUACAUUCAA